AUGCAGAUAACUCCUCCCCCAGAUAAGAUAGAACACGUAUUGGCUGGAGCAACGCUAGGUUCUCCUCUUCCUCACACGUUCUCCACUUUCCACGCCUCCUCUCUCUCGUUUCAUCUCCCGCGAGACCUGCCGCCGCCGCCUCCAACGGGAGAUGCACGACUCCGCCGGAUCGGCUGGCAGCGCGGUGUGGGGGAUGAGCAAGAUGGAGAGACGACGGGUGUAGGGAGGGUUGCUGGAGAACGUGGGAAGCAGGAGGUGCCGCUGAGCUGGGAGUUGGACCUGGAGGACGUGGCGGACGACGGGUUCGGCUUCGCGGCCGGCGGCGGCAACGACGCGGUGUGCUGUAGAACAACGAUUACAUCAGCUACGGCGCAUUGCGGAGGCACAACGUGCCUCUGCUUCGUGCAUGGCACCUCCUACUACAACUGCCGCCCUGGCGGCCAGGCCAACCCCUACAACCACGGCUGCUCCGCCAUGACGCGCUGUCGUGGAUGCUCCGCCAUUGCGCGCUGCCGCGGCUGAUAAGCCUCCUCCUCCCAUCUGCGCCCGUCCCGGAUGGUUGAUUGAGAUAUUGCUCCGUAUCCUUGGCUCGCUCCGCUGCAGAGAGUACGUUUCUUUCAAGCUGUUGUUUUAGUAUCCAAUUCCAAGAGGUCGUAUCUGUUGAUGUAGUUCGAAAUCUGAGUCAUGCUGUAUAAAAUGAUGGAUUGAUGGGUGGGUGAUUGAUUUAUUUCCUGUGGUUGUGAAUCUGUGAUGCUCUGCUUGUUGAUUUGGGAGGGGAUCCACCGAGUGCCCUGAUUAUCUAUUCUCUGCUCAUUUUUGGUGCUCCACUAAGUCUAAGUGUCCGAUAAUUAGGUCAACUUCUCUCAC